ACACCUCCGCUGCAGUCCAAGCUGGAGGUGAAACAGGAGGCUGGAGUGCGCAGUCCUCCGCGGGUCGCCUGUCGCUGCUCUCCUCCGGCGAAGCCCGAGCAGCGGCCGCAGCUAUGCGCCAGCUGCGGCGCGGACAUCCACGACCGAUACCUGCUUAAGGUGAACGAACAUCACUGGCAUUUGGGCUGCUUGGAGUGCUCCGUCUGCAGGACUUCAUUGCGCCAGCAAAGCAGCUGCUACAUUAAGAACAAACAAGUUUACUGCAAGCUCGACUACUUCAGCAGGUUUGGAACCCAGUGCACCCAGUGUGGCCGUCAGGUGUACCCCAGUGACUGGGUACGGCGUGCGCGGGGCAGCGUUUACCACCUGGCAUGUUUCGCCUGCUUCUCCUGCAAACGCCAGUUGUCCACAGGCGAGGAAUUUGGCCUGGUGGAGGGCAGGGUGCUCUGUCGCGCCCACUAUGAUGCCGUACUGGACAACCUACGCAGGGCCGCACAAAACGGAAGCGGUCUGACCCUGGAGGGGGCUCUGCCCUCCGACCAGGACGGCCAACCCAAACCUACUAAGAGGGCGCGGACGUCUUUCACGGCAGAGCAGCUGCAGGUGAUGCAGAGCCAGUUUGCCCAGGACAACAACCCUGAUGCUGUGACACUGCAGAAACUGGCGGAAAUUACGGGACUGAGUCGACGGGUCAUACAGGUUUGGUUCCAGAAUUGCCGUGCUCGCCACAAAAAGCUACCUCCUCCUCCUGCUGCUAGUGGAUUCCCUUUUCAGAGUUUCUCACUAGCCAAAGUGUCUUCCUCCUCCUCCAUCUCUCAGGAUGAAGACCACAGCCAGUUUUCCUCUUUCACCAGUUUGGACAGACAACUACUGGGCCGGCACGGAUACCCAGACAGCCAUCCCUUCACGGCAUUUGCAGCUAGACCAGGACACUUGAGCCAUGCUGGUCUUGCUCUACCACAAAUGCCUGCCAGUCGCUGA